CUUGGUCGUUUAUGUGGUGGAUAGUGCUUCUGAUUAAGAAUUUCAGUAUUAAAAGCUAUAUUCUUUUAAAUUAUAAUUCUUAUUGAAACUAAUACAUAAAACAGUGAGUUAAACAACUGUGCGUGAAGAUAUUGAUAUGUAAAUAUGAAUAAAUUAUUUAAAAUCUUUUGUUUACAAACGACGUUGGUGAUUCUAAGCGCAAAGUCGGUAUAUCCUAUAGAAGAAACGGAAGGAAAUUUGCUUGACAACUACCUUCCAGCAUGUAUGCAGGGGUUAGCUUACUAUAUUGACUUGCUUCAAUAUGAACCACUUUCAACGACAACAAUCGAGCCUCCUUUUAACUCGGAAGAUGAAACAACUACUGCAGUGCCACCUAUUUCAACAACAACUGAAAUCUCAACAACGAGGAAAUCCACAUCAUCUUGGUUUCAAUCUCCCAGUUGGUGGUCUUCUACAACAACUACGCUAAGACCUUUAACUACAAGAAAACACAAACCAGCGUUGUAUGCACCUUUCACAGCUGAUCAGCAUUAUAAUAAUGAAGCAAACACUCCAUCGAGAACUGUGCAGCAAAAAGAUUUAACAAAUGUUGAGAUACAAGGCAAAAUGAGGUCCAGUCUUAAUAGUCUUAAAGAAGAAAACACUGACUACAAUAUACUGAACAUUCUUCCAUAUUCUCUUACACGAGACAUUAAGGAAGAACUUGAUGAUCAAGAUCAGCUCACCGAAGUAGAGAAUUUGGAUAAUUUUCUUCGAAGUUACGACGACAAGUAUGGCACUAAAAACUCGAUCACCGGUAAAAAAAGGAUUCCACCAACAAAGCCUUAUGUUGAAUUCCUCUUGAUAUACGACCUUCUCAAACGUGAUGCUAAAGCUUUUAAUCUCAGCAAAUACGAGGGCUACACGGACAAAAUGGUGCAAGAUUUAUUCGAAAUUUCUAGUUUCUCAGCACAAAGGCAAAUGUAUACACUUUUAAAAAGAAUGCUGGAUCGUAAAGAAAUACAACGUUCAGAUGUUGUUAAUAGGGUGAAGAGUUUAGUUAAAGAAUUGGGAAAUGGAAAAAGUGUGAUAUCUAAAUCCCUUAUGUUUUAUCCCCCACUUCAGUUUAUUCCAAUAUGAGAUUGUAAAAGUGUUUUCAAUAAAAUUCUCUAUUUAAAGUUCCUCUUUGUAAUUA